AUGCAGGGAUCCCGUGUGGCCAUUCCCUUCAAUAACAAGUACACCAUUUUGGAUACUGUUGGGGAGGAAAUGACUUACCGGGGCAAGCCAUGGGACAUGGAGUGGUUGUGGAAUCAGGAUGCCUCUCGAGACCUUCUCUUAGCAGUACAUCCACCAAACUACAUUGUACUUUGGAAUGCGGAUACUGGCACAAAAUUGUGGAAGAAAAGUUAUGCAGAAAACAUACUUUCCUUUUCAUUUGAUCCCUUUGAGCUAUCAAAUAUUGCUUUGCUGACCAGUGAAGGAAUAGUGUUUGUCUCUGAUUUUUCACCAUCCAAAGCUCCCAGCAGUUCAGGAAAGAAGGUAUAUAUAUCAAGUCCACACUCCAGUCCGGCCCAUGCAAAACCAGCAGCCACUAGUGCCAAGAAAGCCUUGAACAAAGUGAAAAUCCUCAUCACUAAUGAAAAGCCCAAUGCCGAGUCUGUAACUUUGAAUGACUGCCUGCAGUUAUCCUAUCUACCAUCUAAGAGAAACCACAUGUUGCUGCUGUAUCCCAGAGAAAUCCUGAUCCUUGAUUUGGAAGUAAACCAAACAGUCGGCAUAGUUGCUAUUGAACGAACAGGAGCUCCAUUUCUUCAGGUCAUUCCUUGCCGCCAGCGGGAUGCUUUAUUCUGUCUUCAUGAAAAUGGGUGUAUUACACUAAGGAUCCGCCGAUCAAAUUCAGGUUCAUUGGCCCUUUCCAGUGAAGAACAGGAUCCGGAUCAGCCAGUCCAGGAGCUGAUGUAUGAUCUACGUUGUCAAUGUGAUGCAAUCCGAGUCACUAAGACAGUUCGCCCUUUUAACAUGGUGUGCUGUCCUGUUAAUGAAAAUUCUGCUGCUUUAAUUGUCAGUGAUGGCAGAGUCAUGUUUUGGGAGUUGAAAACAAACUUACUGGGGCCGAAGCCAUAUUGCAGUUACUCAGGUUCCACCGUGUCUCCUUUGUAUUGUCCAGUUUCAUUUUGUGGAAUUCCAAUGAGUACCCAGCAAAAGAAACUUCCAGAUCUCUCCUUGGAUAACAUGAUAGGGCAAAGUAUGGCCUUAGGUGAAGACCAGUCUAAUCUUCUGUACCAACAAGAGGUUCAACUGAAGUUCCUGCUGACUGGCUUGUUGUCAGGUCUCCCACUGCCACCUUUUGUCAUUCGAAUGUGUCCACCACUUACUACCAAGAACAUUAAGAACUAUCAACCUUUGUUGGCUGUUGGUACAAGCAACGGAUCUGUGUUGGUUUAUCAUCUUACUAGUGGAUUGAUACACAAGGAAUUAAGUAUACAUUCCUGCGAAGUCAAGGGCAUUGAAUGGGCAAGCCUGGCCAGCUUUCUUUCCUUUGCCACUUCAACGCCAAACAACCUCGGUUUAGUGCGGAAUGAGCUGCAGCUGGUUGAUCUACCAACAGGAAGAAGCAUUGCAUUUAGAGGUGAACGAGGCAAUGACGAAUCGCCAAUAGAAAUGAUUAAAAUAUCCCAUUUGAAGCAAUUCUUGGCUGUCGUGUUCAAAGACAAACCUUUAGAACUGUGGGACAUUAGAACCUGCACUCUCCUUCGGGAAAUGACAAAAAACUUCCCUGCAGUAACAGCAUUGGAAUGGUCUCCUACUCACAACCUGAGGAGUCUGCGUAAGAAACAGUUAGCAGUCCGAGAAGCCAUGGCCAGACAGACUGUUGGCUCUGAUGCAGAAGCCAGUAACAUUGAGUCGCCUAUGAUCAGUUUGCUGCAGGAAGCAGAAAGUAAAGCUGAAAUUAGCCACAACAUUUCUGCACGUGAGCACUUUAUAUUCACUGACAACGAUGGACAGGUCUUCCAUCUCACUGUAGAAGGAAACUUGGUGAAGGAUGGGGCCAGAAUUCCUCCAGAUGGAAGCAUGGGCACCAUUACAUCCCUUGCUUGGAAAGCAGACUACCUAAUACUAGGCGAUGUUGAUGGGAAUGUGAACUUCUGGGAUUUAAAAGCUCGAGUUUCAAGAGGAAUUCCCACUCAUCGCGGAUGUGUAAAGAAGAUCCGCUUUGCUCCUGGAAAGGGAAACCUAAAGCUGCUGAUCAUGUUUAAUGAUGGCGCAGAAGUCUGGGAGACCACGGAGGUUCAGAUGGUCAGCAGCAUAAGGACUGGCCGAAAUAUCAACUACAAGAUUCUUGAUAUCGAUUGGUGCAGUUCUGACAAAGUGGUUCUAGCAUCAGAUGACGGCUGUAUCCGGGUCCUGGAAGUUGCAAUGAAAUCAACAAGUUACAGAAUAGAUGAACAAAACUUAACAGAUCUACUUUGGUGCCCUUAUCUCCUCCUUCCCAGAUCUUGUCUUGCAUUGAAAGCUUUCCUGUUACACCAGCCAUGGAAUGGACAACAUUCCCUGGAUAUUAUGAAUGUCCGUUAUUCAGAAAGUGAAGAGGUAAAACUACUUAUGGUGGAGCAGUUGAACUCAAUAUCAAAUGACAUUCAGUGUCUUCUUCUAGAUCCAGAGUUCCAACUGCUGCAAAGAUGCUCACUUGUAGCAAGACUUUUUGGUGAUGAGUCAGAACUGCAAUUCUGGACUGUUGCAGCUCAUUAUUUGUACAGCUUUUCAAAAGGAAAGGAGCUAAUCCCACCCAAUGCCGUUCAAGAGAACCAAGCUAGUCCUUUGGAUAUUUGCUAUGACAUACUCUGUGAGAAUUCCUACUUCCAGAGAUCCCAGAUUGACCGGGUUAACCUGCAAGAGGCUAAAAGAACAACAUAUGAUCACACAAGGAAAUGUGCUGACCAGUUACUCUUACUAGGCCAGACGGACAGGGCAGUGCAACUCCUACUUGAAACAAGUGCAGAGAAUCCCAGCUAUUAUUGUGACUCGCUGAAAGCUUGCCUUGUUACAACCAUUACCUCAUCAGGUCCUUCCCAGAGCACCAUUAAACUGGUGGCGACUAACAUGAUAGCGAAUGGAAAGCUAGCAGAAGGAGUCCAGCUGCUUUGCCUGAUUGAUAAAGCUGCAGAUGCUUGUCGAUAUUUGCAGACCUAUGGAGAAUGGAAUCGAGCUGCGUGGCUUGCAAAGGUCCGGCUAAACACUGAAGAGUGUGCAGAAGUACUGAAACGCUGGGUAGAUCAUCUGUGUUCACCUCAGAUAAACCAGAAAUCAAAGGCUAUCUUAGUCCUCCUUUCACUGGGCUGCUUUAGCAAAGUUGCAGAAAUGCUAUACAGCAUGCGAUAUUUUGACCGAGCUGCACUCUUCUUGGAAGCUUGUCUUAACUAUGGGGUUAUAGAAAUAAAUGAAAGUACAAAGAAACUUUGCAAUGCUGUAUAUGCAGAUUAUGCAAGGUACUUAAAGAUGCUGAAUUUACAGGAAGGGGCAAUUCUGUUUGCCACAAAAGCAGGCGAUGCUGGAGCUGAACUACUUAAGGACUUGCAGCACAACAAAGAAGAUAAACCAAUCUCAUGACUGUUACCUUGAAAUUAAAUUGGCCCUCCAUAAUUUCGAAGAUUAAUUGAACCAGUUGGUGACUAAAGUAGAGCACUUUGAAUAUUGUGUUGCUGUCUCCAGUUGUGCAGUCUGACCAAAAUACAUUCCAGUUGUUACUUCACAGUGAAAAUCAGCAAAAAAACAAACAUGUACAACAAUAAUAUCUCACUGUAAUGCUUUCUGGCAUGUGUAGACUUUUGAUACAGAUUUGCCUUUCUUUGCGUGUGAUUCUCACAUUAAUGAAAAAUUUGGAUAAAUUCCUCUGUCUAAUAUAACCUUGGCUGUAUUAUUUUUAAGCACCCAUGGACAACCACAGAGAAGGAAAUUGUCCAGUAAUUGUCAGGAUUUGUGUUUGAUGCAGAAGUUCAUUUCUGUAAUUAGACAAGAGAUGUAAACUGCCUAUGUGAUCAGAAUUGCACUUAAGUCAUAUUGUUUAAGGAUAUACAAAUAAUUUUGUUUGUUGCUUGAUAAACUAGAUUUAUUCAAAUGUGAAAUGUGCAUAAGCAAUUUAUAAAAUGAGGUAUAAAGUAUCUCUUGUAUAUAAUUGAGUGUUUAGUUUGCAAUAAAAUGCUGAUUCUAAAAUGUACUAAAGACAUGAAACAGAGCUACGAUGUGAAGAUUGCACAUUCAAAUGGGGUGGACACAGAAGCAGACGGUGACAGUAUCACAGAAAUGAAAUAAGCAGGAGAGUGGGAUGGUGGUGGAUGAAACAGUCAGGUAUGAGAAAACUGUUCUAAAACAGCGUGAUGUAGGUGACAUUGACCAGGACACACCUUGAACAUCUCAUCUCAAGAUAAGAUAGUGAGGGAAGGAGGAUGCUGGGAAAUUAUAUUAACAUUACCCCGUAUUGUACUCAACAUUGAAUAAAAUACUUUUAGUCUGCA